CUUCGACGACAGGUUUUGGGGCGAAACAACUUUGAACCGGAAAGGUUGAUCUGCGUUUUUGGAAUGCUCAGUUUGGCGCGUGGUUGGAAAUCGACAGCUAAGGUGCUAAAGUUGUUAUCCUCUUCACUUACCACUGGUGUAAAACAAAUGUCUGCUGGUAGUCCUCAAGCAAAGAAAGCCAGGGUAGACAUGAAGAUCGGAACACACAAUGGAUCCUUCCAUUGUGACGAGGUCUUGGCCUGCUUCCUCCUCAGACAACUACCAAAGUACAAAGAUGCACAGAUUACAAGAACUCGUGACCCUGCAGUGCUCGACACAUGUGAUAUAGUUGUGGACGUGGGAGGGAUAUUUGAUCCAGAUAAAAACAGAUUCGACCACCACCAAAGGACUUUCAAGGAAACGAUGAACAGCUUAAUUCCAAAAAAGAGUUGGAAUACCAAACUGAGCAGCGCUGGACUGGUCUACCUUCACUUCGGGCACGAGGUUCUGAUGCAAAUCCUAGAGUUGGCCAGGGAUGACCCGGUCUUGGACAUAGUCUAUGAUAAAGUUUAUGAAAACUUUGUGGAGGAGAUUGAUGCUGUGGACAAUGGUAUUAAUCAGUUUGAUGGAGAUGCAAGGUACCAAAUAAGUACAACUAUCAGCAAUCGAGUUCGACACCUCAACCCGAACUGGAAUGAGGAUGCUGACGAGGAGGUCCAGUUCAAAAAAGCUUAUGAAAUGGUUGGAGCAGAGUUUUUGGACCGAGUUCUGUAUUAUAAAAAGGCGUGGAUUCCUGCCCGGGAGCUAAUAGAAAAGGCCAUUAAGGAGAGAAUGGAGGUUGAUCCCAGUGGAGAGAUUGUUGUCCUGAAGUCCGGUGGAUGUCCAUGGAAGGACCAUCUGUUCAACAUUGAGGAGGAAAUGAAGCUGUCACCAAAACUUAAAUAUGUCUUAUACACAGACAACAGUCAGAAGUGGAGGAUACAAUGUGUUCCACUCAAGAUAGGCUCCUUUGAAAACAGGCUUUCUCUCCUAGAGGAAUGGCGUGGAAUACGGGAUGCCGAGUUGUCAGAAAAGUCUGGUAUUCCUGGCUGUAUAUUUGUACAUGCUGGGGGAUUUAUUGGAGGGAAUGAAACUUACGAAGGUGCUCUUCAGAUGGCCAGAAGGAGUCUCAAACAGCAGAAUGAAAAUGGCUCAUAAAUUUUAAUUAAAUACAGACUGUCUCAAACAAGCUGGAUUUCUUUUCAGUAGGUGCAUGUUUCUAACGCCAUAACAAGAAAUAUCUAGUUGAAACAAUAAAAUAGAUAAUAAGUAAUCUCAAACAGCAUUGGCAGGACAGCCAAGCAAGGGUGUUGAAUCUUUGUCUACGUUGAUCGUUGUUGCAUUUAAGUUUCAGAACUGAUAUUAGAGGUAACUGAUUUGGUACAUGGCAGUCAUUAUUGUCAUGUUCCAUUUAUAGACAUAUACGUUUAUCUGUGGUUUACAGCACAUUUCAUUGUCGGAAUACACAUUUCGUAUUUAUUUCUUAUUGUCUUGUAUCAAUAAAUGAAUUCACAACC